AUGGGAUAAUGUUAAAUGCGUAAUGAAAGGAUUUCAAUAUAAUGUCUAACAAAUAGCACUGGAGAUCGUUUCGACUAUGAGAGUAUCAGCAAUCAAAAAUAAUAAUUCACAGUCUAAAAUUAAGAUUCAUAUAUUAUUAGAAAUGAAGAGACACUUCAAUUAAUAAAUGAAUUACCCAAUGAGAAUAGUGAGGUUUUACUGUUUGUAACAGCUAAAAACACAAUAGUUGCUGGAACAUCGUAACAACAAGGAAAUUCUACAGCCUUAACAAACACUAAAUUUCCAUUCAAACUUAAAAAAAAUUGGUUGACAGUAAGAUCUGUUAACAAAUACCCAUUAAAUGUAAAUGACAUUUUUAGGCUUGGAAAAAUGACAUUUAGAAUUUCUAGUCUUAGUUUUAAUCCUCUUACAGAACCUGAGCUUUUGAACCAAAGCAAAGCAGAUUCCAAUGAUUAAUGUAGAAUAUGUCUAGGAAAUACCUAAAGUUCCAAUCCUUUAUUGAAUCCUUGUAAAUGCAGUGGAUCUCUAAAAUAUAUUCAUUUAGAUUGCAUGAAAAGAUGGCUUAAAGAAUAGACUUAGUCAUCAAAAUAAUACUAAUCUGAGAAAAGCGAAACAUACCUAUGGAAUUCAUUAAAAUGUGAAAUCUGUUAAGAGUCAUACAAGGUGAUAUUUUAGAGUGAUGGAGUAACAUAUCAUAUGCUGGAACUUUUAAAACCUCGAUAUCCAUACGUGAUGCUAGAGUUCUAUACAAAAAAGAAGGAUAACUAGGUUGUUUAAAUUAAUUUAGGAGAUCGCUUCACUUCAAAAGCAGAUGGAGUGAUGGUAAUAAGUCUUGGAGAAAAGAUGAGUUUGGGGAGAGCCAGAGAAAAUUGGAUUAGAUUAGGUGAAGUUAGUGUGAGCAGAUUUCAUGCCACUCUAUAAAUAGAGAGGAUUCAGGAGUAGGAUUCUCUAAUUUUGUUUGACAAUAAUUCUAAAUUUGGCACUUUAGUCAAAAUAACAGAAGAUAUGCCAAUUUAUCAAGACCUCGAAGUAUAAGUUGGCAAUUCUUUAUUUAAAUUGUAAACAAGCAAUAUUACAUGUUGA